AUUAAGCCCUUUUUUGGAUUUUUUUAAACGGGCCUUUUCUUGGUCACAGCUCCUGUUUUGCGAAGCAUUCUCAUCAUGUUUUUCAAAAUGUGUAUCAUCAAUUUUCAGCAGCAUCUCAUUUGUUUUUCGGGGAUCGGCAAGUCAACAUCAAGUCGACAUCAUGAAGCUGGUACUUGGUUCUUCCUUUGCUGCCGUUUGGCUUGUGGUUUCCGCCUUGUUGCUGGUGUUACCCAGUGGUUCUGUGGCCAGUUCUAUGGCUCCAGUUUCAUGGAGCAGCAACAACGAAGCGGAGCUCAUCUUUUGUGAGGGUUCCGGUGGAGAGUAUGGCUACAAGCUGUCCAGUGACACCAGCGGCAGUUGCGAUCCGGCGGGUGUGUUGGUUCGCAUGAGCCCUGGACAAUCCUACAAGUUGACGCUGCGGAAUGAAGCUUCGGUCGAGACGAACUUGCAUACUCAUGGACUUCACAUCAGUGGAGAUGGUAACGCCGACGACCCGCGCCGCAAGGUGCAACCUGGAAUGUGUCUGAUCUACCACUGGGACAUUCCCUCGGAUCACAUGGGCGGGACCUUUUGGAUGCAUGCGCAUUCUCAUCUGACCACAGACGAUCAGGUUUCGGGAGGGGCCUUUGCCAUGCUCAUCAUUGAAGACUCUACCGUCAUUAGUAGCUCCAGUGGCGUCAACUCUACUGAUCAAAGUGCCAUUGAACAAUGGUACAGAAAUGAAAUCUUGCUCGUGGCUAGCAAAGUGGGAAACGCGGCCUUGGGAAAUGGUCUCAGCAACUACGUCAUUUCCAUGAACGCCCACGAAUGGUAUCGCAUGCGCAUCGUCGCGGUCGACCCUGCUGGAAAACCUUCGGAUCUCGAAUUCCCCAGUUCCUGCACCGUUCACGCUGCCGCCCACGAUGGCGUUUGGCGCUUUCAAGUUCCCAAGCAAGCAUCCUCCACAACGUAUACACUCAGUGGUGCCAGUCGCUUGGAUGUGGCCAUCAAGUGCUCCUCCGGGGGUGACAUUGACUUUAGUAAACGGGCCGUGGCGACGAUCUCUGUCAGCGGAAGUGGCUCUUCGGGUGCCACGCCCUUCACAAGCACAGGUGGCUCGUGGGCUUCCCACCGUCCCUUUUACCUUCGAGACUUGUCCACGCUUUCCUCGUCGCAGUUUGAAACCUACUCCAUUUCCAUGACGGCUGCUCAGAUCAACGGAGCCAGCUACGACCCCGAUACGCCCUUGGGAACAUGGAACUACAACACGCUCCAGCAAUGGACCGUGUCGGCUUCCGGAGCCCAUCCAUAUCAUCUCCACGUCUACCACAUGCAGGCAUUUCAAGGCUGCGGUGGAGGUGUUCAUGACAAUGGUGAAUACUACGAUGUCAUUAGCAUCAGCGGUAGCUGCGAUGUACGCUUCCACAUGAUUGAUGUCGGUGAAAGCGUCAUGAUGCAUUGCCACGUCCUCAGUCAUGAAGACAAUGGCAGCAUGACUUGGGCCAAUGUGGUCGGCGGACCAACACAGAGUGAUGUUGAUCGGGAACAAACCACUUGCCCGGGUUCACCCCCCAUGCCAUCGCCGACGGCGUCAACACCAACCUCGCCAUCACCCACUCCGGCUCCAAUCACAUCGUCGUGUGCACAGAACGGAGAGAGUUGCACGAAUGGUGACGACUGUUGCAGUGGGUCUUGCAGCAGAGGAAAUCCUGCCACGCGAGUUUGCUUGGCUGGGCGAUACCUGCGAUGAUUCAAGUCCUGCCUUGGAAUUCAUGCACAUUAGGAUGGAGCGGAUGUUGACCGAGAGCUGGCAAGCUUCUUUAGUCAUACAUAGCAACGAGUAGGGACAGUAGGGAGUAGAACUACAGUAGAACGUCACCGUAAACAAGGAGUUUUCAAAUGGAGCGCCAGAGGGACUACUAGAACAGCAAAAGCACACGGCAACUGGAGGGAUGAUAAAUAAAAAGCAACAGCAAAAUCGAGAGUGCUUGUCUAGACUUGCUUUCGCAAGUAUGAAUGAAGAAUCAUUCUAUAUACAGGGACUCAGGUUGCGGCCUGCAAAGGCAACACAUCAAUUUCUACUCAUCUAGCUGCUUGCCAUAAACAGAUUGGCAUCGGCCCAUUGCCCAGAUCGGGAAGACGUUGCGGUAGGAUGUGUAGGUGAUUCCACAGGAUCGAUUGAACACGCCAAGAAUGCCUUCCUGGGGCCAGUCUCCGCAAGGGAGCUGACGCUUCAUCAAGUACUGUAUACCGCGCUUGAUGGCCUCUGUGUCCUUGCACUCUGCACACGCCAAGGCAAGCAAUGCCCAAGAUGUGUUAACCACACUGCUACCUUCAUCACCAUAAGUGUCCAUACCAUUCUGACCAUAGUCCUUGUCCAAACAAGAACUGAAAUCCUCUCCCCAGCCUCCGUUUGGACGCUGCUGCUUGAGAAGGAAAUGACAAGCCUUUUGUAGAGGAACUGAAUCAAGGGGCUCUCCACUUUUGACCAACCCCUCGAUGCCAAACCAGGUGCCUGAACAAACAAUUGAAGGGUGAGAUGUGGUGUCAGAAGAGCAGAGGAAUACAUAUAGCAAGCAGUCCUUUCUCUUACCGUUGCAGAAGCAAAUGGCCCAGGAACCAUACCAAGAACCAUCCUGACCACAAAAAAAGCAAAUCCAGGCGAUAAGUAAAAGGAUGUGAACUGGGGUGCAUGGAGGUGAGGAUUAGCAACUUACCUCUCGUUGAAUACUCUUAAGGAAGUUUCUUCCAUUAUCCAUGGAAUGCUGGACUUCUCUGCAGCGUGUCUUGGGGAAUCGUUGCUGGAACUCGUAAAGAGCCGUCAAGCAAGCCAUGCUGCAUUCAACGUACGAGUAGUCAAUCAUAAUGUCUCCAAAAGCUUCUGAUGGGUUCAAGGAUUCAUACCAGCCAAAGCCGCGAUUGUUCUCGUAGGUUGCCCAACCUGAUCGAGGCGCGAAUAUACAAGAAGACGUGAGUGAGACUUGCCACAACAUCAAGUCCGUAGCCACACACACCACGGCAAAUUGAUUCACGUACCACCAUCUUCAUUUUGGUAGGAGAGAAUGACACUGAUUGCCUUUCCCAGCCUCUCAC